GAUGGCUAAAUUUACUUUUUUGAGUUGAUUCGCGUGCAACAAAUUAAUGUGUUUCUAAAAUUGGACCUCAUUUUUUCCAGUAUUUCUCUAACGCUUGCCCUUUUUCGUCAUUGAGGAUGUUGGGUAAUAUCUUCUUUUUAGCAAAAAUAGAGUACCGUAUGCAUUUGAGAUUGUGUUGGCCAAUUCAUAUAGUCAUACAUACCACAGGUUACCUGACUUGCUUUACCUUGUGCAUGCUACUUUCGAAGCCCAAACACGGGCGAUGGAGCCCACACCUGUCAAAAAUGUUCAGCAAGAUCCUCCUUUGUCGCCAAAAAAUGAAUGCAAAAAAUGAAUGCUUAAUCUGUGUUUUGGUCCAUUAAAUCUUAAUUAAUAAGUCAAAAGUGAGAGUCCAGUAUUGUCUUUUCCCUCAGAUUUUUUUUCACCUUUUAUGUGAUUUAGGGAAGAAGUUAAGAACUAUUUCACUUGAAAAUUGCAUGCCUUGUGCAAACCAGAAAGAAUAUUUCCUGAUUUUCUUUUGUGAAGUUCAUUCUUUGUUGCCUUUUGAACGUAUGUUGUGGUAAAUGGAGGGUGCUACGGAACAUAUUUAACGUUGGUUCAGUUUGAUUCUUAGGUGUAAAGAAUGAAUUUCAAGACUCAUUGAGGAAUAGUGAUCUGGCAGUAUAGUAACUAGUCUGUGUGUGUGGGAGACUCUAGUUUUGUUUUUCUCGGGUCCAUUUAGUAUAAUUUAUGUGGAAACACAAAGUGAUUCUUUACAAGCAUUUAAAGUGAUGUGCGACAAUGGACAACCAUCUGGAGUUUGAAUAAUCUGAAAGUGACCAUGGUGCUACAAAAUCAUUUUUAAAAUGUAAAGUUGAUAGGUCUCUGUAAGCUUCAAAGAUUAGUUUUGAACCCGUAUAGCAUUAGUUUUCAUGUUUUUGUAGCUUUAAUUUAUCAACCUCUAUAAUAGCUCCAAGUUCUUGGGUCUGUCGAGUAGGCUUAAGUAUGGACUUAUGUGGGCGUCUUUUCUUGCGAAUGUGAUAUAAGAUAUCGUUUCUCAUCAAAAAGGUGUAAGGAAUCCUUUGACACUAAUGAUUGGUUCAAAGGCUGGCAAAUGAGCCCGCUCUUCAUGUUGCUAAUGCAUAGCAGACAAUCAAUUUUUCCACUCUCUGGCCCACCAAACGAGCACAUUCCUGUACUGCUGCUUGGUCACUCAGGACAACUAUUACAUGCCAAGAAGUAGAUGAGUGCAAUUGGAAUUAUCUGAAAGGGGAAAGAUUUCAACAGUUGGUGGGAUUUCUGUUCUUUUAUUUUAUUUAGCAACUGAGACCUAUGUUGGGAAUUUUGAAAUUCUGGAAUGGUUGGUUAAGAACCCUGAGAAUUGUGCUAUGUGUCCAUUGAUAGCCUAGUAUAUGGAAUGCAUGCAUCUUGAGUAUUUACAGUAUGCACAAAUGGAUUUUAUUUACGUUUUUUUUAACUUUUUUUUUAUUGGAGAUAGUUCUGGGUGAAAAAGAUGGGGAAGAAGAUGAAGAGGAAAGUGAUGAUGAGGAUCUGGCUGAAGGAGAUGAGGAUGAAUCUGACCUGGAUUUGGCAUGGAAAAUGCUAGAUGUUGCGAGAGCAAUUGUCGAGAAACACUCCGGUGACACCAUGGAGAAAGUAGAUAUAUUGUCAGCUUUGGCGGAGGUUGCUUUGGAAAGAGAGGAUGUUGAAACCUCCCUCAGUGAUUACCUGAAAGCUCUAUCCAUUUUGGAGCGCUUGGUUGAGCCAGACAGCAGACAGAUAGCUGAACUAAAUUUCAGGGUAUGUUUGUGCUUGGAAAUUGGUUCGAAAGCUCAGGAUGCAAUUCCUUAUUGUCAAAGGGCUAUUGCAGUUUGCAAGUCUCGGGUGCAGCGGCUCAUGAAUGAAGUAAAAAAUGUGUCAGGAUCAACAGCAACAUCAGCUGUUUCUGAGUCGGACCCAAUUGUGCAGCACUCUUCUAGUGUGCUCCAAUCUGGAGAUUCUGUUGCAGAUAAAGAAGCUGAGAUUCAAACACUCACUGGCCUCUCUGGUGAUCUGGAAAAGAAGCUUGAAGAUCUCGAACAGCUUGUCUCAAACCCAACAUCAAUCCUCUCAGAUAUCCUUGGAAUGAUGUCUGCUAAGGUAAGAGGCGCUGAGAAGAGUGCUGCUUCGUCAGUAAUGAGCUCUUCGCAGAUGGCUACAGCUAGCAGCAGUGGAGGUUUUGAAUCUCCAACUGUUUCAACUGCUCACACAAUUGGGGCUGCUGCUGGAGUAGUAACACAUCUUGGGGUGGUGGGUAGAGGAGUCAAGCGAGUGUUGAUGAACUCGGGCACAGCAGAAUCCAGCGCAAAUAAAAAGCCUGCAUUGGAUUCACCACCAAACAAAGGAAAUGGCAAUUCCUCUUGAAGGUUUUUAUUUGUAGUUCUGUUUGGAAACACGAGAGCUACCUGACACCGAGAUUUUGGGAUGAUAAAUCUGCGAAAUGAUUACGAGUUUGGAGUCCAAAUUACCAAGUACGUCAGAAUUUGGUGCCUCAUUCUCCCAUAUGAGCUUCCCGUCAUCAUCGAGCUUUAUAACAUUAGAGCGGUAUUUUUAUUUGGAUUGCCUGUUGUAUGUUAACUGUUGCAUAGUAGUUGGUUGUAUGGACAUGGUUGUUAACUACACUGCUCACAUUUAAUAGGAUAUUACCUUUGAAAAACCAUGAUAUGAUUCUAUAAAACCGUUGAGCUCCAAGGUCCGAAACACUUCCAUAAUUCUGAAACCCCCAGCAGUUCCUAGGGUGAUUCGGGGACUGAACAGUAACUAGAAUUUUGUAUUGG